CCCUAGCAUUUCCUCCUUUUCUCCUUCUUCCUCUCUCGGGCCGCACACGCCUCUCUCUCUCCUCUCCUCUUACCUUCUAUUCUCUUUCCCUUCCACUUCUCUCUGCCAUCAUCGGAGACCACCAUUUUUGGCCACCAAUUCACGACACCACCCUUGGAUCAGCUCCUCUGCUUGAAGACGAUAAAUGGAAUCGGAGUUCUGCAAUUCAGGUACUAUGGAUUCAUCAAGAAAAGCCCAAGUCCUGGUACCUAAUUCAAGAACUGCUCUUUCCAAGACAGCAUAGUGGAGAAAAUGUAAGGAAAACUCUGGGUUCUUUAAUUUGAUUCGAUUUUAUUUCAAAUUUAGGGUUUUUCUUUGUUAACAAUUUGCCCCAAUUCUGGGUUUCAUUCUUUUUGAGAAAAAGAAUGCAGCUUUUCUUUUGCUGAUUAACGUGUGUUUCUGGGUUUGAUUAGUAAUAGGAUUUAUAGUCUUGUUUCUUACUGGAGGGCCAGUUGGGGCAUUGAUUGUACUGUUGAAUCUUCAUAGCAGCUGUGACUCUAUGAAGUGUAGUUAAAAAAGACAAAAGGAAUUCUUCUUUGUGGUAAUUUAGGAUUUAGGAUUUUGGAAUUGAAGUUUCAUGUAAUGGUGCCUCACUACAUAUGGGGGGAUUGGGGUGCAUGCAGUAUGCACUUUCAUAGGUGCUUGACAUGAAAGAGCUCUGGUACCUAUAUAUGUAAGUAUGUGUUGCCCUCAUAGAAUACUUUAGCAAGAAAGUUAUAAUAUUGGGAAACUAUAAAAUUUUGUCGUAGUUUCUGUCUGAAAAGUAGAAGCCUUCAUUAUGGUCAUGGAUCCUUAAUUCCUGUUGUCAAUGACUUUAGUGUAUUGGCCAUUUUAGGGACCAUUCAUGCUGCAAGAUUGAGUUCCAGUAUCAUUUAAAUUACUGGAGUGGUACUUAAGAUAUAUUGUGACAAUAGCAAUAUUUCAGGUAAACAAAUAUCUAGAAAACUAUGAAAUGGCCUUUACUGGAUUUGAAACUGCUGCUUUAAAGGAUCCUGGUCUCAAUGCUACCGAAGAGGUUCAAAAGAUUGUUAACCUUCUUGACAAGCUAGAUAAUUUGUUAAGGGGACAUGCCAGAUCUAAACGACUUGCAUCUUUAGCAUCAUCUCUGGCUGUGGUAAAUUACCAGCUAGAACACGGGCUUGGUUUUGCACUCUUGCCAAGUCAAAUUGGAGGAGUUCAGCAACUGCUUCUCCGUGGCAAAUGGUCGAACACCUUAUAUGCACUUUUUUGGAGCUACUUUGCAGCGAUCAGGGGAGUAAACCCAGUAGUUCAGCCAUUGAUAGAUUUGAAUAUGAAUGUUCUUGUUUAUAAUGGUGAGAUCUUUGGGGGGAUUGAGAUUGCUAGUGAGGAGAAUGAUGGUGAAGUUCUAAUGGGGUUGCUGGGAGGGUGUGAAAGUUGUGUGUCGAAUGUGGUUUCUAGGAUCAAGGGGCCUUGGGCUAUCAUCUAUUGGCUGGUAACUUUUGAGUGGUUGGUGUGCGAGGACAUAACGUACUGGGGGUCUAGAGGAUAUUGCCAUUCCAGCUAGCAAUUUGGUCGAUGAUCCGCCUGUUGCUUUUCCAGUUGAUGUUGUAAAUAUGGUUAUCUUAGCAAGCAUAAAGGAGUUAAGGCUUAAAGCUGCUGGUGCAUUGUUUUCACUUAUUUGUGAGGUUUAGGACGUUAAUGCGCAUCACAUUUAUGGACAAGUAUAACUUUAUGGUUAGGGUUAAUGUUGGGAUGGAAUAACUUUGUUGAAUAUAUGGAUGAAUGUAUCGAAUCUUUACAUAAAUGAAUUUGUUUUGAAUGUGUUGUCA